ACGAAUUAAACAACUUAUUUUCUUUCUAAAAAAUGUUAUAAGAUUCUAAAAUUAUUUUUUUUGCUAAUUUUUUAUACCUGAAGACGUUAAGAUAUGAGAGACUCGAAGACGGUGUUGUUUGUUUUCGGGCUAUUCAUACAAACAUGUUUAGCGGAAAAUGUAGAAACUACCAAAAACGCCGGUGCAAGUGAUAAGAAAGUUUCAAAAAGAGAUUAUUACGCACCGGAAUACAAUCAUGAUCAUCAUAAUUCGUAUCCGGCUUACCGCUUUGAGUACGGCGUCCACGACCCGCACACCGGCGAUAUAAAAAAACAGUACGAGGAACGGGACGGGGACACGGUGCGCGGCUACUACAGCCUGAUGGAACCGGACGGUUCGAUCAGGUUGGUCGAGUACACGGCCGACUCGAAAAACGGUUUCCAGGCGACCGUCAAGAAGAUCGGCAGUUCGCAUCACCCGAACACAGUCACCCAUCACCUGAACACCGCUAACCACGGCGGCGACGGCGUCUACGCGCCCAAUUACCACGGCGGCGGUCACGACUAUUAUCAAAAUCUGCAACAGCCGUCGCCGCCGACCGUCCACGACGGCCAUCAGUACGAGCCGCCCGCUUUCACGAAUCACUACGAACCGCCUCUGCCGCCCGCUUACACCGGUCACUUCGAACAGCCGUUGCACGGUUACGACGUUCACCAACAGUACCAUCACCAUCAGCGGCCGCAGCAGCAAGUGCCGCCGUCCGUUUACAAUCACUACGAACCGCCGCUGGUGCAGCCGGCCGCGCACAAUUACUUCCCGCACCCUCCGCCGCCCACCGCGGGUUACGAUCACUACGAACCGCCGCUGCAGGCGGUUGGCCACGGCGGUCAUCAUCACUUCGAGCCGCCAGCGGCGCAUCCGGAACCGGCCGACUUCGAUCACGGUUCCGCGUUGCCGCCGCUGUUCGCCGCCGGUCUACCCACCGCCCACGGCGACUACGGCAGCGCGUCACCGGAAGAAUACUAUCCCGCGCCGCUGCAAUUUCCGGCCACGUCCCGCGAAACGGAAUUCGAGUGGCCCGCCAAAAGCAUCAGCGACAACGACGACGAAGACGACGCCGAGCCACAUCAUCGCGGCCGCCUGCAAGACGAAUACCAUUUUCCGGCCUCCGAUGAGCACAGUCAACUGACGGGCGCCGGGGCCAAAACUUCUUCCGGCGAACGGCCGGAAUACCUGAGGAAGUACUUCGAACCCAACUAUCGAGGCCACGCCGCCGCCGUAAACAGUUUUUACGACGACGACGAAUGAACAAGUAAUGUAUUGACGAGUAAGUUUGCGUGUAGUAUUAUAAUCGAGCUCGCAGCUUAUGCCAUCAUAAUAUAUCACACCAGACGGUAGAACAUCGAUGGUUAAACACACACAUUCCGUUGUGUUGUGCACUCAUUAAUUACUGGUUUUUCGGUAACCCCAGUUUUAUAGGAAUGUAUAAUAUUAAUUAAAAAUUGAAAACAAAUACUUCUUUUUCAAAAACGAAUUUCAAUAUAAUGUAAUAAAACUAAAAUUGCACUUAAUACCUUUAGGUAUUAGUGCACUGCACAUGUGUGCGUUUAACCUAACCGUCGAAAUUAUAGUUAUCAUAGUCGUCAAUUAUAUAAAUUAUAAGUUUACGCCCAAUCGGCUGCUGAUCAUUCAUAAUUACUUGUCAAUUUAAUGUCUUCAAAAUAUUUUAUCAACACCACCUCGAUUUUCUAAUAAACCGUUUGAUAUAUUAUCUCAAGUAUUUAAAGACGUACCUAGUAAAACAAAAAUAAACUAUUUUAAACCUUUAAAUAUAUUUAACACCCACUAGUUUAUU